GAAGUGACGCGAUCCGCCGGGCCAGGGCUGGGGCAGGGCGGAACGAAUCGCCUAGGCUAGCGGGCCGGGCGGGCCUCCUCGGCCGCUAUGAGCUGCACGAUCGAGAAGAUCCUGACGGACGCCAAGACGCUGCUGGAGCGGCUGCGCGAACACGAUGCGGCGGCCGAGUCGCUGGUGGACCAGUCGGCCGCGCUGCACCGGCGGGUGGCGGCGAUGCGGGAGGCGGGCGCCGUGCAGCCCGAGCAGUAUCAAGAGGAUGCAUCCGACGUGAAGGACAUGUCUAAAUAUAAACCUCACAUUCUGCUGUCUCAAGAGAAUACCCAGAUUAGAGACUUGCAGCAGGAAAACAGAGAGCUGUGGGUUUCCUUGGAGGAACACCAGGAUGCUUUGGAACUCAUCAUGAGCAAGUACCGGAAACAGAUGUUACAGUUAAUGGUUGCUAAAAAAGCAGUGGAUGCUGAACCAGUUCUGAAAGCUCACCAGUCUCACUCUGCAGAAAUUGAGAGUCAGAUUGAUAGAAUCUGUGAAAUGGGAGAAGUGAUGAGGAAAGCAGUUCAAGUGGAUGAUAACCAGUUUUGUAAGAUUCAGGAAAAACUAGCUCAACUAGAGCUUGAAAAUAAGGAACUUCGAGAACUAUUGUCCAUCAGCAGCGAGUCUCUUCAGGUUGGACGGGAAAGUUCCAUAGCUUCUGCUCCUCAGCCCAUCAAGUAACUGAACUCUGGCCUCUCACUGCAGAUUACCCGGCAUGGAGAGAAGCGAUUUCCUCUCCAUUGAGCAAGUGUCUGCUCCAGUGACUUGCCACAGGCUUGAUUUGGUGUUGGUUAAAGGUAUGGGCUGGCAGUAUAGAAUUGCGGCUUUCUACUCAUCAUCCACAAACCAGUUUGGGGUGUAUUCGUGAGAACAGACAAGUCUCGCCCUUCCUUUGUCAGAGACUGUUUAGUUUUCACUCUGGGACCUAAUUUAUAUAAACUGUUGUUUUCAGUUCAUUUUUGUUUUUCACAUCUCUGAAACUAUGAACAUUUUAUUAUACACCAGUGAUUUUAUUUUAUAUAGGAUUAUAAAUUUUACUUCUAAGAAUUAAGAGCUUUAACUUUUUAAAAAUACAUGUUUGGUGUAAGCCUGGAAAUUUUUUUCUCCACUUAUGAAAGUAACAUGAUUUCCCAAAAGCAGACAAGCAGACUCUCCGGGUUAUGUCACUCGUACGUGGGGUUCUGAUUCUCUCUGGUGCUAGGAGUUGGCACUUGGUGAUCAGGUGCCUUUACUCUUAAUUUGGGAGAAUAUUACUAGUGCCCAGAAAUACACUUGAAAACAGGUAAGCUGGGUUUGGGUUGUUUCUCCUCCCCGCAGGGAUGACACGGUCAUUCAGAGAAUGCUGAGGGAACUGGGUCCAUCAUGGACAGCUGCACAUGACUAUACACAUACACUUGAUUUAAAUGCCAAAAGCGGCUUUUAUUUAUUUGAUCAAGUAGUCAGCUUUUUCACUUUUUCUGACUCGGGAAUCUUCAGCUUCGGUAGCGGCCUGCGGUGAAGAGCGUAACCUAGAGUUCCCCACAUCAUAGUUUGUAGGCACGGUGUCCCACUAGGUGAUCAACACAUAGCUGUGAUGGUGACGAAGAGCACUGCUUAGAUGGUUUAAUCACUGGCAGCAGUUGUUUGCUGUCUCUACAUCUCUCUAGGUUUUACAUGGAAGCACUUUUAUUACCCACAGGAAGUCAGCACGUUUCCUGUGACUUGCAGGCAUUUAAGAACUGAGACUAAUGCUGAGAUUUGGGUGCAGGAGCGUUCUAUUCCCUUGUCAACUCCUUCCCCUGUCUUGGCUUACUCGUAUUUCAAAUUUAUAAAUCCAUUUACACUAUUUGUUUUCCCAAAAUGGCUGAAAUAAUCUUAAACCUGUCAAUAUUUGCCAAUCCUAAGCACUAUACCACAUAGGAAAGAUGUAUUUAAAAAGCUGUUUGCUAGCGUUUUAUGUAUCAUAAAGCUUCUUUUGUGUGGUCCAAAGAACUAAUUCCAGCUGAAGCAACAAAGUCUAUCCAGAUAUUCUGAGGCCAUCUGAGCCCAGUAAUACUGAUAGAUGUCGAUUGGAGUAGUGGACGUUAAUGAGCAGGUAUGUGCUGUCUUAGGACUUGUCAGAUUUCCUUCAGCAAGUUUGAGAAAUACCUUCUCCCAUAAAUUAAAGCAUCUUAUUUCAUUUCCCAAUGUUUACCCCAGCUGAUGGUCUUGCAGUAUCCUCUAAGUGCCCAACAUGUACUGUGCAGGCCCAUUCAGGGGCAGGUGUCCUUCACCACUUGUCAGCUGUCACAGCAGGUCUCAUUGAAAAUGAUAGCAUUGUCAGACUGUUUCAGCAGUGUGCACAGCGCCCCUGUGUCUGCCUUCUGUUCCCCUAGUGCUCAUUACCCAGCUCUUUACUCUUAGCUACCAGAGGGAUCUCUUCAUUUUAGUCCCGGGGUUGAGUGAGCGUUCAGUGCCCUGUGUCAUGGAAAUUCUGCCUGGUCUGAACUGCUGUGAGGGUAUUACAGAGUUUCUGUAUUGAACGGAGGAGGAAUGCUUCUUCACACCCUGUGUACAGAUGUUAAUAUCUUGGAGUGGAUGGAAGAAUUUAAUGUAUACAAUUUUAGUAUAAGAUUAUCUUUGCUAAUAAAAACCUUUUUUGAGAAGA